UCCCUCCUCCCCCGCUCUUUCCGCGAAGGCCUUCCCCAACAAACCGCCCCUCGGUCGCUCCAUUCUUCUUCCCGCCGCUCCACCCGGCUUCCCUGCCCAAGCCAAUUGCUCCGUUGGUCUCUCCCGUUUUCUCCCCUUCUCCCAUCAUACCCACCUGAGACGACGCUGGCGCACCCACCUACUUCACUUCCUUCCCGCAUGCUCUCCUCUUCCUAGGCUUUGCGGAGGGAUUCUGUUUGGCCGGCCAUGGAGCCGUUGUGCGAGCUGUGUGGUGCCCAGCGUGGCCUCAUCUACUGCAAGUCUGACGCCGCCCGCCUCUGCCUCCCUUGCGACGCUUUCAUCCACUCCGCCAACGCCCUCUCCCGCCGCCACCUCCGCGCCCUCAUCUGCGACCGUUGCCUCACCCAGCUCGCUGCCGUCGGAUGCCUCGACGACCGCCACUCCCUCUGCCAGUCCUGCUACCGGGCCGGACCGACGCCGGCGGUUGCGGCCCCGGCCAUCGCCACCACCCCCUGAGCUUCUACUCCGGUUGCCCCGCCCCACCCGAGCUCUCCGCAAUGUGGUCCUCGCUGCUGGGCCUCUCGAACAACACUCCUCCUCAGGAAGGCGGCUUGGAUAAGAUGGCGAUGAUGACCAUCGACCAGAAUUGUGCGAGGAACUGCUGGGGCGCCGGGCAGGCUGUGAGCUCGGGCAUGUUUGGUGGGCACGAGAACUCGGUCGCGAAAUUUGAUCCGUGGGUGGCCGUUGCUUCUUCUCCGUCGAUGGCACCACCUGAAUCCAAUUCGGUGCCUCCCUGUGGACCAGAGCAACAGGGUUUCUUUCACAGGGAAUGCAAUCUGCCCAAGCUCUCAGUGAUCUUGGGAUAUGUUAUGACGGCGAGCUUUGUCAAGGUUUUAGCACUGGCAUCGCUGGCUUUAACUUCCAUUUCCGGAUACAGAAUUAGAUGGCUUUGUCAUGGGGAAGAAUUUGUCUGUUGCAGAAUCGAGAGCACAUUAGAGACCUCAUCUUCAGUACAACAAGAUUGCAUGGCUCUUCAGUCAUCUGACAUGUUUCAGCCAACCAAUGCUGGGCAGAUAGGGAGCAGCAAUGCAGAUCCAUCAUUUAUAAAUGUCGAUAACAACAGAAGUGGCAACUUCAUUUUCCACACUGGAAACGUCUGCCCAACUAUUUCUCUUUCUCUUUCAAACUUGACUGGAGAAAGUAGUGCGGCUGAUUACCAGGACCGUGUGGUAUCACUAACGUUCCUCACAGGUGAGUCAACAUGGGAUUCCAAUCUCGAACCUGGACGCCCACAGGCGAGGAAUGAAGCAAAAAUGAGAUACAAUGAGAAAAAGAAAAGUCGACUGUUCAGGAAACAAAUUAGGUAUGCUUCACGUAAAGCUAGAACUUAUGACUGGUUUGUAAAAGUUGAUGAAACUUAUGACUACGAUCCUCUUCUAGCCGGAAACACCUGAACCAGUUUCAAGGGCGUUUUUAUUCUUUACAACUUGUAUUCAGAUCAGGUAUGUCAGGCAGUCUAUUUCUGCUUGAAAUUUCAAGUUUCUCUAUGAUAAUCUACACAUAAUUUUCCAAGGAGAGGUGACAUAUAGCAUCAGACUAAACAAGUUUAGCACAUAAUCUACUCAUGCUUCUAUUUUGUGUUUCCCUCUUUGUUUUACUGUUAUAGGUAACAAAGAUUUGAUAGUUCAGGAAUCUGUUCUAUGUUAAGCCUUUAGGUAAAAUUAUUACUUUUCAGAUAAAUCUAAUUACUUAUAUGUGUCUUCAUAUAAUUAUCUUGAAAUUCAAAAAUAAUUGGGAACUCAUUUGGGGUUUCUCUUUCAGUCUAUUCACCACACAGGCAAGCUAAUUUUUCUUUUUUAAGGUUUUCUUUGGCUUACACAGUUCGUUCACCACCAUUUAAAAAGAUUUACUUUGCCCUUGGGUUGCAGCAUAUACUUUCUUCAAGAAAAUUACCCAUAGACCAGAAAAUUUUCAUUUCUUCAUCCCUUUGAUAGAAAUCCUCCUCAUUUAAUCCAUCCCUCUUGCUGCCUAUCGGGACCCACAAACAGAGACUAGCAAUAGAAAGCAAUGCUGAAUUCAUCAGUCACAUGCCAAUGAUACUAACUUCUGUCCGCAUCUACUGUGUCUCUAAAUAUUUAUUCUCCAAAGUGGUCCUCUAUUGCCUUUGUACUGUCUAAAACUUCCUAGCUGUAAAGUUCAGAGAACACCACCUCCUUUAUCUUGAUCAUGAGCUUCUCUUUUUGUAUGUGCAGGAUCGUAUAUAGCAAUGAUGCAUCUUCACCGGACAACCUUCUCAAGGAGGUUAUUCGUUUGGGAGUUACCUCCAGCCAGGAUUAUUUUGGUUCUUCUACUUGCUCGGUUUUCCACCCUAUACCAUUCUUUGAACUCGCUAAGAGUUCCCAUGUGUCUUUACCAUUCUUUGAACUGGUUAGAGUUCCAAUAUCUCUUGUUCCAAAUAGAGACGAUUUUGGAUAAGUUAGAUUAUGGAAUCUGUUCUAAUAAACGCUUAUUAUUAAUCCUUAACGAUGACA